AUGAUUACGAAAGUAUUAAUACCAAGAAUCCAAAAGGAUUCAAGCUCAUCGGAUAGUUCGAGUAGUGAUAUAACUAUUCGUGCUGCAUCAACACCUGGAAGAAAGCGAAAAUUAGAUCAUUUAAGUGUUGAGGAAAAGAUACAGAGGAAGAAGUUAAAGAAUCGUGUUGCAGCUCAGACAUCCAGAGAUAGGAAAAAGAAACAGAUGGAGGAAAUGGUAGUUAUGAUUGAAAAAUACGAGAAAGAAAUUUCACACUGGAAGACAAAAUUUAAUCAAAUGCAAACAAAGUAUGAAAAACUUGAGAAAGAAAAUCGUAAGCUUAAAGUAAAUCAGUCAAGUCACAAUAACAGCAGCAGCAGCAGCAACAACAACAACAUUGUAAAGAAAGAUAAAAUAACACAUAGCAUUCCAGAAGAACACAAAUACACACGUUCAUUCGUAGAGGAUACGAAAAAAGGUUAUGAUGAUGAAUACAGAGUCGACAGAAAAGUCCCCAAAGAAAUAUUCUCAACCAAAAAUGAACGAAGUGAAAGCAUUGUUGAAGGUGGUGCUACUUUGCCUUCUUUACAAGAACUCCUCGAAGACAUCGACCUGCAAUUCGACCUUGAAGAGCUUGCAGAAAGUCUUGUCUCUGAACUCCACUCCAACAUCGAAACAGAUUCUUCAGUGGGCAAUAGCACAAAUGCCAAAGAAGAAAGCAACCAACUCGAGUUGUCUGGAUCAUUGGUGGACGAGCAAAUGUCUAGGACCGCAGAACAGAGAAUGGAACCCGCCAAAGAUUGCGAUCGAAGCUCAAUAGAUGUACAAAUGAAUUCAAGUAUUGAGCACGAUGUACAGUCUGACUUAAGUUCUGAGACAUAUAGCAUGGAUAAAAUUUUCUACGAGGAUGAAAUACCUGUUGUUGAGGAUGAGUGUCUAGAAAUUGAUGACACCAUGGAAGAGAGUGAUGAAAUUUGUUUAAAAUUAAAGCAAACAAAUAUGGAUAGACUUAUAUCGCCCAUACCUGAUUACGAUGAUCUCAAGAGUCCACACCAUGCAAUUUCUGAUUGCGGUUAUGAAUCACAAGGAUCACCUAUAUCAUUACACGAUUUUCACUCUCUCAAUGAUCCACAAGAUGACCUCAACUACCUAAUCAAUGACCUUUUCCCCGCAUUAGCUUAA